AUGCAAGAACGAUCGGUCCCCAUUUUUUUUACGCCCCGGAUUCACGAUCUGUGUUGCACACCUCAGACAGACCUAGGAUUCAAGGUGCAUCCAUACUCCCUGGCCAUUGUCGAGUUUGCCACGACUUCACAAGCCGAGGACAAGCCACAGAGAUUCUGUAAAAGAUGUGCACCCUCGAGCCGUGACUGGCGGGCGGCCCAGCUGCACUGCCCCAUCGAGACUGACGUCGGUAAUUACUUGGGCAAGCCAUCCGAGAACCUGUGA